GGAGCCCAGCGAUGGCAGAGUUGGUGACCCUGGGGCAGGAGCCACAGCCGCGGGGCCCCGCGGCCGGAGACGCGUGAUGGUGUUCUUGGGGCACCUGCCGGAGACAGGCCAGGUGGACCGGGAGCCCCGAGGAGCAGAGGCCGGCCCCAGCAUGCAGAGAUGAGGCCUCUGGGGGCCCUGGCCUCCCUCCCGCCCGGGCGCUAGGAGCUGUGCCCAGGCCCCAGCCGGGAGCCCCGCCGCCCGGGGGUAUGGCCAGACCCUUCUUCCGACCGCAGACGCUGCUGCGGCGCACGCAGGUCCUGCUGUUCCUCCUCACGGCCGCCUACCUGAUGACCGGCAGCCUGCUGCUGCUGCAGCGUGCCCGCGUGGCCCUCCCGCCGGGGCCCCGAGCGCCCGGCCCCCUGCAGGCCUUGCCUGUGGCUGCCGUGGCACUGGGCGUGGGCCUACUGGACAGCAGGGCGCUGCAGGCCCCCCGCGUCAGCCCGGAGCUGCUGCUCGGCGUGGACGUGCUGCGGAGGCCCCCGGCCCGGCCCCGGCCCGGCCCCCGAGGGCUCCGGAGCCGGAACUUGGAGCUGCGGCAGCUGAGACGCCGCUGGUUCCAGCACUUCAUGGGGGACCCCCAGGGGCCGCCCGCUCCGGGCCCCGAGGCCCCCAGGCCCAUGGCCAGCAGCCGAGGCACGUACGUCGGCUGCUUCAGCGACGGCGGCCGGGACAGAACCCUGAAGGGCGCCGUGUUCUUCGACUUGAGAAAGAUGACUGUCUCCCACUGCCAGGACGCGUGCGCUGAGCGGUCCUACGCGUACGCGGGCUUGGAGGCCGGGGCCGAGUGCUACUGCGGGAACCGGCUCCCGGUGACCAGUGUCGGGCCCGAGGCGUGUAACCACGAGUGCAAAGGGGAGAAAGGCUCCGUGUGCGGGGGCGUGGGCCGGCUGUCCAUCUACCGUGUGGAGGAGCUGCCGCCCGGCUCCAGGAAGCGGAGGACUGUCACGUACCGUGGGUGCUUCCGACUGCCAGAGAACGGCACCCACACCUUCCCGGACUCCCUGGCACAGGCCAACGCGACGGUGGACGCGUGCUCGGGGUUUUGUUCCCAGAAGGAGUUCCCCCUGGCCAUCCUGCGGGGCUGGGAGUGCUACUGUGCUUACCCCACACCUCAGUUCAGCCUCCGGGACGCCGUGGACAGUGCACUGUGUGGCCAGGAGCCCAAGGCACAGAGGCUGGCCGAGUACUGUGCGGUUUACCAGACGCCCGUGCAGGACACUCGCUGCACAGACCGGCGGUUCCUGCCCACCAAGGCCAAGGUGUUUGUGGCUCUGUCAAGCUUCCCGGGAGCUGGGAACACGUGGGCGCGGCACCUCAUCGAGCACGCCACCGGCUUCUACACAGGGAGCUACUACUUCGACGGGACCCUGUACAACAAGGGGUUCAAAGGCGAGAAGGACCACUGGCGCAGCCGGCGCACCAUCUGCGUGAAGACCCACGAGAGUGGCCGCAGGGAGAUCGAGAUGUUCGACUCGGCCAUCCUGCUGAUCCGGAACCCAUACCGGUCCCUGGUGGCCGAGUUCAACCGCAAGUGUGCUGGGCACCUGGGCUACGCGGCCGACCAAAACUGGAAGAGCAAAGAGUGGCCGGACUUCGUGCGCAGCUACGCAGCCUGGUGGUCCUCGCACGUGCUGGACUGGCUGCGGUUCGGCAAGCGGCUGCUGGUGGUGCACUACGAGGAGCUGCGGCACAGCCUGCUGCCCACGCUGCGGGAGAUGGUGGCCUUCCUCAACGUGUCCGUGAGCGAGGAGCGGCUGCUGUGCGUGGAGAACAACAAGGAGGGCAGCUUCCGACGGCGUGGCCGGCGCCCGCACGACCCCGAGCCCUUCACCCCCGAGAUGCGGGUGCUGAUCGACGGCUACAUCCGGACGGUGGACAAGGCGCUGCGCGACCACGGCGGGGCCGGGCUGCCCGGCGAGUACGUGCCCAGAUGACCGCCCAGCUGCUCCGCCCACACCACCCAGAUGCUGCUCCUUGGGCCCGGCUGCCGGAGCCGCCAAGGGGCCCCCGCGCUCACAGACCCGCCGCACGCGCCACUGCACGCUUGCGGGGACCCCCUCGGACUUGGCACGCCGGACCGCGUGCAUGCUGGGCUCCCGGUGCGGCUCUCCUGCUUCCCGCUGCGGGCUUGCUGGCCGGGGUACUUGCCCACUGGUGCGGGGCUGGGCGGGCAUCAGCACUGUGAGCAGCGAGUACCGUGGCAUGGGCGUGAGCUCACGGAGGCUGCUGGACCCUGUGACCCUAAACGGCACAUCUGACACCCUGUGAACAUCUGUGGUAUGGCCACCAGGCCCCCGCGACCACAGCCCUGCAUCUCCCUUCUCCAUAGACCGGCUGGCAGCUCAGAGUGGAGCCUCCCCCCCAUCCCCACGCUGCACACUGAUCUCAGGACCUGCCACAGCUCUGUGCACCCCCACUACCCCGUCCAACAUCAGCAAGCCGUGGAGGAACCCCCUUGCCUGACUUUUUCCUCCCAUGUCCUAGAGGCAGGGUGUGGGGCGAGCGGGCAUGGGGCAGGGAAGGGCUGGCCUCUAGAGGGAGCUUGGGGUGCACAUGGGGAGACCCAGGAAGGAUGGGUCUUGGUGUCACUUGGACCGGUGACCCCACCCACUUGGCCAUGUCCCCCAUCCACACAACCGUUGGGGGAGGGGCCACGGCCAAACCCUCUGAGUUCACACACACCCCCAUCCCCUGCUGCUGGGUCCCUUGGCCACAUCGCCACACCCUCUGUCUCUGUGGGAGCCUGCCGUCUUUCCCACUCGUUCACCCCGGAGGGAGGGUCCUCACGAGCGCAGUGGGCUGCUGUGUGCUAGCUGGCCGGUGGCUGGGGGGAGCGGUAGGAAAGCCGCCCACCCCAGCUCACAGCCUCAGGGGGCAGAGGAGGGGUGGUCACAGAGGGGAAGAAACCCAGUAGCAGAGGACUGUGCUUGCCAUGCAGGCUCAGGGUCACCGUACGGGCUGGUCUGGAGGGAUCUAUAGGAAUUACCCCAGCAGAGCCGAGGGAAGGACCUCUAGGCAAAGAGAACAGUGUGUGCAAAGCUCAGGGGCUUGGAGAA